UUCGAUGAAUCUGCGACGAAUCAGGAUAACGAGACUAGCAAGGUUCCUGAAGAAGGACACGAACCUGGAUGUGUCUGUUUUUGUAACGGGGUAGCAAGUCUGAGGGAAAAUCUCAUCGCAGCUACAACAGAAAUCAUCUACUCCUACCAAAGAAUCAAUCCCGCCAAUCCACAGCUCGGCUCGAAAGAAUUGGUCCUCGUUAUGAUGCAAGGUAUACUGUAUCUUCCAUACGGGCAUCGCUACCAGAUGAAGAUCGUCAAUCUUUUGAACGAAAUUCUCAAAUGUCCCGCCUACCUUGCUCCUUUGAUCCAGGCCAAUAUAAUUGGGCAAAUUUAUGAACUAUCGAGAUAUGUAGCACUAACCACGGACAAAUGUCUGCCCUACUUUUAUGAAAAUUGGGCUGAAAAACUCCUACAGUGUUUCUUUCACGUGAUAAAUACAGAGCCAGCCCAUGGAAGUUUCGAGCACGCUUUGAUUAAGGGAGACAAAAAUUUGAGAAACCAGGUGGCUUUGGUCAUGCCGUAUAUAGUGAAAGAGGAAGGCCUUUUUCAUUUAAUGGUCACAUGUGGAAGACUCAUCAUUCUUGAACUCAUAGAGCAAGAUAACGAAUAUAGGAAGGCAGCUGUCUCAUCGAUUUGCUUCCUAGCCAGGAAGAUAAUUCGUAUUCCAAAACUCAAGAUACAGAAGGCAUCUAUGCUGAAUGACAAGUUUUCAGCAAUGCAGGACACAAAAGAAUCGAGAUUGGUCACCUUCAGACUGGACGACGGCUCGGUGAUUCAUGCCAGCCAUGAACUCCUAAUGAAAAAAUCAGAGUAUUUUCUCACCCUGUUCAGUGGGCGCUUCAGAGAAAGCGUCGAGGAUGAAGUGAAACUCCCCGAUGUCGACCCUGAAACAUUCAAAAGACUCCUAAACUUGCUUGAACACCCAAAAUUCGAAGAACACAAAGCCGAAGACCUAUUCGACAUUCUCCAACUGUCGGAUCGCUUUCUGCUGACGGAGCUGUACAUCUGCCUCUGUGAAUGGAUCAGUUGUAACGUGAUGAAGCCACACAAUGUGAGCAACAUCUAUCAGUGGUCUCUAGAGACAGGGCUACAUCUGCUCAGGGUGAAUGCCGUUAGAUUCGCCCUGACUUUUGAUGCCGAUGACGAUGUGAGAUUGGAAAUGUUCCGAGAGUUAUUCGAACUGAAGCACACGAAAGUGCUCUCGAAGGAUAUUUCCGAUUUGUUGGGGAAAUAUCUACAGAAAGAAAACCCUUCCUGCUCCUGCUAAGCGGGAAGGGUUUUCCGUCUCUAUGGCUGAAUCGAAGUAUGUAUUACUAUUGAUCAACUAUUCCUAAUGUGUAUCUUAAAGUGAACAUAAAGUUUACAACGAAUAUAUUUGCUUCUUUUCUCUUCACAGGUGUCCAUAUUAUCUCAUCUUGUAAGGUGUACCUUCAAUUAUAGCUUAUAGUAAAAGAUAAACCGAGAUCAUUGUAACAAUAAACCUUGGCUAUUUUGCCAAAAUGUAUCUAAUGUAUAUUCAAGAAUAAUAUCUUCUUAAUAUAACCUCAGUCAUAAUCAAGUA